GAAAAGAAAAAAUCUCCCCACCCCCACAGAAGAGGAGACCGCCCACCAGAGACAGACUACCCGAGACCCCUUAUAGAUUUAAAAAGGCUGCAUUCUCAGACUGACACUUAUUCAACACUGCCACCUUAAGCAGAUUACUUUUGCGCUGCCUGUGUCAAAUACGUGGCUCACUUUGCCUCUCCAUCAUGUUUGGGAUGCUGAAACACCACCUCCACCCGGGCAUUUUUCUCUUGUUCGUAUGGCUUUGUCACCUCAUGGAACAUCAAAAAGUUCAAGCUGGGAACUGCUGGCUGCAGCAGGGGAAGAACGGGAGAUGCCAGGUGCUCUACAUGCCCGGGAUGAGCAGGGAGGAGUGCUGCCGGAGCGGAAGGCUGGGGACGUCCUGGACCGAGGAGGACGUCCCCAACAGCACGCUCUUUAGGUGGAUGAUCUUCAAUGGCGGAGCUCCCAAUUGCAUACCUUGCAAAGGUGGAGAAACCUGCGACAAUGUAGACUGUGGGCCCGGAAAGAGGUGCAAAAUGAACAGGAGAAGUAAGCCACGCUGCGUGUGCGCGCCAGACUGCUCCAACAUCACCUGGAAGGGGCCGGUCUGCGGCUCAGACGGGAAAACCUACAAAGACGAGUGCGCGCUGCUGAAGGCGAAGUGUAAAGGCCACCCCGACCUGGACGUGCAGUACCAGGGAAAAUGCAAGAAAACGUGCCGGGAUGUCUUGUGCCCCGGCAGCUCCACCUGCGUCGUGGACCAGACGAAUAACGCCUAUUGUGUGACGUGUAAUCGGAUUUGCCCCGAGGUGACUUCUCCCGAGCAGUACCUGUGUGGAAACGACGGGAUCGUCUAUGCCAGCGCCUGUCACCUGAGAAGAGCCACCUGCCUCCUGGGCAGGUCCAUCGGAGUGGCAUAUGAGGGGAAAUGCAUCAAGGCCAAGUCAUGUGAGGACAUCCAGUGCAGCACAGGAAAGAAGUGUCUGUGGGACGCCCGGAUGGGCCGGGGCCGCUGCUCGCUGUGCGACGAGACCUGUCCGGAGAGCAGGACGGACGAGGCGGUGUGUGCCAGCGACAACACCACAUAUCCCAGCGAGUGUGCCAUGAAGCAAGCUGCUUGCUCUUUGGGGAUGCUGCUGGAAGUCAAGCACUCAGGAUCUUGCAACUCCAUUACAGAAGACCAGGAGGAGGAUGAGGAAGAUGAGGACUCAGACUACAUGGCCUACGUCCAUUUAUCCUCUAUACUGGACGGAUAGGCUCCCACCACUAGGGGAACAGUCCUAGGGCAAGGAAUCAUGUCCAUACUGUACAUUAUGUGUAUGCUUAUUUAUUUUUUAAAGAAAAAGGAAGUAUACAUAUAGUUCAGUCUGCUAGAUGUUUAUUUAUACUUUUUGUGUUUUAUAAUUUAUACAUUUACAUUGUCAGGCUUACUAUCUACCAUGAUAUAUUGUGUUUCCAUUCAUUUCCCCUUUUUUUUUUUUGUUGUUGUCUCUUCUACUUUUCUUUCAUUUUUUUUUUUUAUCAUGAAGAAAUAUAUUUGUCCAAAGAAAAACAGUGUUAUUUAUUUGUCAUGUUACCAUGUAAGUAUAAGUCCUCUACAAGCUGUAAAUUGCAUUCCCUGAGCUGUAAAAAUCUGCUUGUUUCUGUCAGAUCUCUAUCACAGAUGUUUAUGUCACACAUACGGAAAUGCAUGUUUAGGCUGUGUGUUUAUUUAUUGGGAAUAUAUCAAUCAUUUUAUGUACAGAAGUGUUUCUGGUUUGUUUACAACUAUAAUAACUGACCAAAGGGAUUCUCUCAAUGGUUUUAUUUCGUUUUGCUUGUUUUUUUUUUCUUGUCUUCUUCUUUGUUUUUUUUUUUUCUUUUUAGGCAAAAGAGCCUUGCAAAAGGUGAACACAACAGUGAUGAUACAGAAAAGAAAAAAAAGAGCCAUUUGUUUUUCUUUUCUUAUUCCUAUUUUCGUCUUCAGUUUUAACCCCUUUAGAUAUGUUUCCUCAUGGAAACAAAAACUUUUAGACAUGAUCACUAGCAUUUUUUUUUCUCUCACUACAUUAGAGAAGAGGUAAGUUUUGGACAAUACUUGAUUAUUUUGGAAACAAUGUGCCAUUAACCCUUGUGAGCUGUCUUCUUGCCAAUGUACUCCAUAUUGCUCUCACAGAGCUGAACUAUAGGACUAACAUACUGCAGUAAUCUACACUAUAUCAGACUUCUUCACUUUGUUUCUUUUAUUGUUUUUUUUCCCCUAAAAAUGCAUUUUUAUUUUCAAGCAUCACAAGAGAAAUACAAAAUUCUGUUAUGAAUAUAUAGUUUUGUAUUUUUUAUGUAAAUGUCAUAUGUACAUACAAAGUUUGAUGGUAUUUGUACAGAUAUGAAGAGUGAAACAAUAAAAGUUUUUUUUUCCUUAUA